AUGUCCAAUGUAACAGAAACACCUGACGAAACAGAACGCAAAAACUCCAACAACAAAAAAGGACAUAUAGGCAUUGGAAAAAUAAUGGCAGGAAGUAAGGUUAUCUUUGUCAUCUUGGCUACUUUUGCCAUUACCAUUCCAUGCCUUGAGGCUGGCAUUGCUGUUUUUGACGAUUUUCUCAAAAAGCAAGCCGACAUUGCCCACGAAAUUGCUUUGAAGUCCUACAUACCCAACCCUGAAAACAUUACAUUCGAGCUCAAUAUGCAUGUUCAUAGGGCUUUGGAGGAGUUGGAUUUGGAGGAGGAAGAGAUCAACGGUACAAGGAGGGAACUAAAGGAGAAAUACACUGGACCAUGCUUAGCCACGAACCCAAUUGACCGUUGCUGGAGGUGCAACAAAGACUGGGCAAAAGAUCGCCAAAAGUUAGCCAAAUGCGGGAAGGGAUUCGGAAGAAAGGCAGUAGGAGGACUCGGCGGCAAGAUCUACGUCGUCACCGACGAAUCCGACGAGGACAUGGUUAACCCUAAACCUGGUACUCUAAGGUUUGCUGUCGUCCAAAAGGGACCACUGUGGAUCACAUUUGCACGUAGCAUGAUCAUCAGAUUGAAGCAGGAGUUGCUGGUUUCGUCAGACAAGACCAUCGAUGGCCGUGGAGCCAAUGUGCAAAUUAGGGAUGGUGGUGGAAUUACCAUGCAGUUUGUUAACAACGUCAUCAUCCAUGGUAUUCGCGUCAAAAAUAUCCAGGCGAAGGAAGGUGGUAUGAUUAGGGACUCUUGGAACCACUAUGGACAAAGAACAAGGAGUGAUGGAGAUGCCAUCUCCGUUUUUGGUUCCUCAAACAUUUGGAUUGAUCAUAUUUCCUUGUCCGAAGCUGCUGAUGGUCUUAUUGACGUUAUCCAGGGUUCUACCGCUAUCACCAUCUCAAAUUGCCACAUGACCAAGCACAACGAUGUGAUGCUGUUUGGAGCUAGUGACUCCUACUCCGGUGACAAGAUAAUGCAGAUUACAGUGGCAUUCAACCAUUUUGGACAGGGACUGAUCCAGAGAAUGCCAAGAUGCAGAUGGGGUUUCUUCCAUGUUUUGAACAAUGAUUACACUCACUGGCUUAUGUAUGCAAUUGGUGGAAGCUCAGGACCAACCAUUCUUAGCCAGGGAAAUCGUUUCAUUGCACCUAACAACGAUGCUGCUAAGGAGAUAACACACAGAGAUUAUGCAACACCAGAAGUGUGGUCCCAAUGGCAAUGGAGAUCAGAGAAUGACUUGUUCAUGAACGGUGCAAAGUUUGUUCAAGCUGGGGCACCUCUUGGUAAAUUGCCAUUUAACAAAGGAUACCUAAUGAAACCAAGAGAAGGAUCACAAGCUGCUAGGCUUACACGGUUUUCUGGGGCUCUUGCUUGCACUGUGGGCAGGCCUUGCUAG